ACAAAAACAAUAAUUACAUUUUGACAGCUGCAACAAUAUUUGCAUUCAUAACCUCUAUUCAAAACAUAAAAGUUGCAAGGAACUUUGAACUUAAAUAAUAUACCUAAACAUGCUACAGUAUUACGUUUUACUGCAGAUUACGUGCACAAUAUAAAAAUGGUACACAAAAAAGUGUUAUAAUUGAGAUAUAAAAAGCAAUGUCAGUGAGAUUACCAUUCACAUUUAAUUGGUCAAAACUGUAAGCCGAUUGUCUAGUACGAUGAUAUAUUUUAAGAUAAAGUGCUCGACCUCGGUUAAUCUUUUCUUGAGAUAAAUUGAAUGUGCUUCGUAAUCGAGAACCAGUUUCGGCCGAGCCUUCGUGAGAUAACGUUGAAAUGGCGUAUGUUGUGGAUUUGCGUUCCGAUACGGUGACAAAGCCGACACAGGCGAUGAAGCAUGCUAUGGUUAACUCGGCGCUGGGUGAUGAUGUCUACCGCGAGGAUCCUACUGUGAACGCGCUGGAGAGCAAGCUCGCUGCCCUGCUCGGCAAGCAAGCGGCUUUGUUCGUGCCCUCAGGGACCAUGGCCAAUCUUAUUGCAACGAUGGUGCAUUGCAAUAAGCGCGGCUCGGAGGCGAUCGUCGGCAAUCUAUCGCACAUUUACAAAUACGAAGUCGGCGGUGCUGCGCACGUGGCCGGUGUCCUGCUCUCUACCGUCGCGAAUAAGCCUGACGGCACCUUCGACCUUGAGGAGCUGGAGAGGCGCAUCCGCGGCGACAAUAUCCACGAGCCCAUCACUUCUAUGGUGGCUGUGGAAAACACGCACAACGUGUGUGGUGGCAAGGCGCUGCCGUUGAAAUUCUUGGAUGACCUUGGAGUGGUCUGCAAGAAGUACUCUCUACCCCUCCACAUGGACGGCGCUCGUCUGUUCAACGCGAGCGAGUACCUGCAGGUGCCCGCGCGCCGCGUGGUGCGCGACUGCGACAGCGUCUCCGUCUGCUUCAGCAAGGGACUGUCGGCCCCAGUGGGGUCGGCGCUCGUGGGCUCCUGCCACUUUAUAGAACAGGCCCGGCGCGUGCGCAAGAUGUUGGGCGGCGGCAUGCGGCAGGCGGGCGUGCUGGCGGGCGCGGCGCUGGUGGCGCUGCAGGAGGUGGUGCCGCAGCUCGCGCUCGACCACAAGCGCGCCAACAUCCUCGCCAGGACUAUAGAAGGCAUGUUCCUGAAGUCGUUCUCAGUGGACGUGGAGAACCAGCACACCAACAUCGUGCUGGUGACGAUAUCGAAGGACAGCAGCCUCACGGCGGAGCAGGUGCUGCAGAGGCUGGAACAAGUCUGUCUGGCGGAGACGCAGGGUGAUUGUAAAACAACGAACGACGAGGGCGUCAUAGUAAAGGCGACAGAAUUCGACCCAAAGACAAUCCGGUUCACGUUGCAUCGAGAGAUCACAGACGAGGACCUGUGGCUCGCCAUCAUGAAGAUCACCUACGUGUUCAAAGAGCUCCAUGCUGCGGAGAAAUGAGUGAGAAUGUGUUUUAGUGAGAACAACUCUACAUACCGGCAUGUAACUUGGUCGUUGUAUUAAAAUGUAGGUAGUUUAAUAUUUUCAUGCAUAUUGUAACUUAAGGUAGUAUGUGUGAAUGUUUGGAUGUUUGUUAGAAAUAAACUCAGAAACUGCUAAACGGAUUUGGAUGAAAUUUGACAUACGGAUAGACCAUCUUAAGGAUUUACAUACAACGUACUUUUUAUCCCGCUAACCUGCUCCAGUAGGAAACAAUUGAAUUUUUCAAUCUGAUUUUCUAAGUAGAUGGCGCUGUCGUCGUUCAUAUAACGUUAUGAAUCGCGGCUGUAAUUUGGGGAAUCUUAUAAGAAAGGCUUCUGACGCGGGCAAAGCCGCGAGCAAUGCCUUGCAGUUACUGUUCAGUGUUUGGUUCGUUGUACAUCUAAUAGCGAAUAAAAUAUUUAAAUCGAGUUUGCUAAGAGGUUACUGAAUUUGUAGAAAAAAAUAUGUAAAUAUUCAAUGGACAUUUCUUUUUGCUAAUGUUACCAUUAACUUAUUUCUUAUCCAGUGAUCAAGUUACGUGCCGAUAUCAUUAAAUUGAGACGAUUUUUUCAAUGAUAUUGCUCAAUUAGUUAAGAUAAAAGACGCAAACUAGAUUUACACACACACACGCACACAUAUCACGAUGACGACGUAUGCAGAGGCGCAACCAGAUCACCCACUUUUCACCAAGUUCGUGUUCCGUCCCAUGAUGUGAUAGGGGGCGAGUCUAUUCCUUAUUUAUUUAAACUGGAUUUAAUUCAGAGGAAUUAAUUAUAUACAUGAAAUCAUGAUUGCCUCACUGGCGUAGUUGUAUUACGGUAUGACAGUGCUGUGGUCUUGGGUUCGAUUUCCGGAUAGGGCUGAUAUUUGAUUUUGCUAUUCAGUAUCAGCCUGGAGUCUGGAAUUUAUGACAGACACGACGGGAAGUGCGUGCAUCAGUUGCGCCUCUGCCUACCCCCUUUAUGGCUAAAAGGCGAGAGUGUUUGUACUAAAAUGAAUUGUUCAAUGUUAUAACGGAUUGCCGUUAUAACAUUGAACGGACCAUCUAAUCUGGACGCUAUAUCCGGUAGUUGGUAUAAACGAUGCAAUUUUUUUAUUUAUAUAUUUAACCUUGAUAUUUACCACCGUUUUCAAUAACCGAUCGUAAAUCGUUUUUUGAUCCAUUGUAAAAAUGGACCAAUCAAGGCAAAGUUUUUAUGACAUGCUUAGAAAUAAUGCAUUUUGCUUGGUUCAUCCUCGGUAUGGGAUCGAAGAUAAAGAUUGGGAUUGUUUAUUGUAAACGGCCGUUAGUCGUUAUAACGUUUGUGUCGAUAUAACCGAUACGUCGUUAUAACCGAUGCCGUUAUAACAGAGCUAUAAAAGGAUUCUACUGUAGUAUAUAUCUAUAGUUAUCGAAAACUAGCAGCUAAAACAGGGUUUCGUACUCCAUGACUAAUCUAUUCACUGUAUUUAUAUAGGAAUAGGGUCUCUAUUUCUGUGACAAAUUUAUUCAAACUACUGUCGCUCAGCGUCGACGCGAAGUGACGGUGUAGACUAAUUUGGUGACAAUUAAAAUUCAACCUUAUAUCUUUAGGUAUAUGGAUAUAAUUGUAAUAAAAUUACUGCAAAACUUCAAACCGCUUAGGACAAUGUGGUUUGCUAUUUUUAUACUAGUGACAAACGAAAUAAGGUUGAAAGUAAAUUGUCAUCAUUGGUCUCCCUUUUUAUAAUUUUACCAUAGUUUAGAUUGUAAUAUAAUAUAUAGAAUUUCGUUUUUCAUGACGUCAAGUUAUUAUAAUGGCCUUUCGAUGUAACGAUGAAUGACAUUAAGCUUCUAAUUAAAUAAUGAUAAAUUUCAAUUUUCCGCAGGAAUGAUUCCACAUAAUUUACAUAACUUUUGUAUAUGGCAUUAAGUUCGCCUAUAUUAUGAACAAUAAAUAUCUAAAAUUAAAUUAUAUUCUAUAUCAACAAUAUUAUUCGAAAUUAACGGCGCCUGCGCAAUUUUGCGAGUGUGGUAAAAAGCAUGACACGAGAGUCGGUGGUGGUUUAUAAUAAUACUAGCGACCCGCCCCGGCUUCGCACGGGUGCAAUGCUGAUACUAAAUACACUACAGAAAAACUGUGAACGUUGUAUAUAAAAACAUAGCGGCCCGCUCUGGCUUCGCACGGGUAUAACAUAACAAAAUAACAGUAUUUCUCCACUAUUUAAUGGAUGUUAUUAUACAUAUAAACCUUCCUCUUGAAUCACUCUAUCUAUUAAAAAAACCGCAUCAAAAUCCGUUGCGUAGUUUUAAAGAUUUAAGCACACAUAGGGACAAAGAAAGCGACUUUGUUUUAUACUAUGUAGUGACGGAACAUUCACUGUGUUCAAAUCUUCAAAUUAUAAGCCAUGGAUAUUAAGUAGUAGGAGUGAGUGUCAAAAAACAGAAAAGUGACGGAAUACUUGUAUGUGACGUCAGCGGGCAUUACGAUGCGCGCGAAAGAAAGAGAUGGGGCGAUAUCCCCAUUCCAGCACGUAGCAAUAUUUGAAAUUUGAAUUCCUGCCUCAUUUCUUAUCGAAUUUUUAUGAUAUCACAGAAGGAUUUCUUUUUUGUACUAUUUGCUGUUAUUAAAAAUCUACAAAAUAAAACACAAUCAAAUACUCUAUUAAAUGACGCGGACGUUCGUGUCGUGUUUGUUGCCAUAUUCUAGGGAGCAGUUCCCGAUACAACGCGUUUACAGCGUGCCUUAUUUGCGUUUGAAGUGCAUCGUUCCUCGUUAAACUAUAUAAUGCACAUUUAUAAUUGUCCUUGUUGACAAAGGUCACAUAAUUAGUUUUUAUUGCGCUUUCAACGAAUAGCAGGCAAACGGCAAAUGAGUCAUUUGUUUGUAUCACAAGCCCAUACCAGAGCAAAUGUCGGAGCAUUUUCAACCUUAAAUAGUUGUUUAAAUGUUCAAUAUUAAUAAAUCAAACCCACUAAACAGUAAGCAGAAGCAACACAAAAGAAUAAGAAGACAAAUCUUCUAGAAGUAAGUAAGUUAAAGCGUUGUGUAUUUCGUAUAGGCUGUUUGAAGUUCUUAUAUUGAUAAAUAUCGAUUUUAUUGUUAAAUGUCUAGAAAUAUUUAAGUUCUUAAUUCCGUGUGGCACUUUGCAUGCCAGAUUAUAGGACUUUGACCUGUUUAUUGACUAUUAGAACAUAACAAGAUGUCCGGUAAUUAAAAUGAUUGAAGAAAAUUGCGUCCAUUAAUUUUGAAUUUCCUGUAUGUCGAAGAACGUGUAAAUUACCUUUUUUGUUGACCGUACUCGUUGAGUUAAAUGUGGAACUAAUGGCAACAGGUUAUGAAUAUAUAAAUUAUUCUUGUCAAAUAAAGGAUAAUCUAAUCUAUACUAUUAUAUAAAGCUGAAGAGUUUAUUUGUUUGUUUGAAAUGCUAAACCAAUUUUGAUUUUUUUUCACUAAUAAGAAGCUACAUUACUCCUUAGUGCUAUUAGAUGGUUUUAGUAAUGGUAAACAUUUAUCCCGGAAAACUUUUUACGCGGGCGGAGUCGCAGGCAAAAGUAAGUAAAUUAUAACCUGAUUGAAUAUAAAAGUGAGACAAAUUAACAACUCUAUACAUACAACCGUCGUUUUUAAUUUGUUGGUGUACUUUAUCCCACGAAUUUUUAUGUGAUAUUGAAGAGUCAGCCCUAAUGAUUUCUUGUGUUUUAAACGCGAAUAUUAGACAUUAAAAUUAAACUAUUUUUCGGAUUUCAUCGCGGUUUUAAUAUUAUAGUUUUUUCUCGAUGUUUCGAAGACUUUGCAGCCUUCAUGGUCACGGGGGGGACUGAGGUGUUGUUCAUCCGUAAAGUCAAAGUUACAAUAUCUACCUACAUUUUACAAUUAUACAACUUUUUUAAUUUUUUUUUUUUUUUAUUUAGCCCUAAGACAAAUAUUAUUUAAACAAGCAGAUAACGGUACUUUCUGUAUGGAAAGCUUGUUUACGUCGAUGUUUGCGAUGUUACUUUAAUAUUCACUACGCUCCGGACACAAACAGUAAUAUUAUGAUGUAUUCAGAAAACAGACGAAAAAUUCCAGUAGUUUAACGUUUCGUUACCUAUAUCUCGCGUCUUACACGUUUUCGCUUUCAAAAUAUCUUCAACGUACGGACACGGAAGGUCUACAAUUUUAUUAUAUGUAUACAUCAGUCCAGAGAUGCUUGUAUCUUUGGUCGGUCAGCACUUUCUAUAGGGUUCACUUCGCUUAACAUCAGGUGCAGUGAACGCUUCAACAAAAAAAAAAAAAACAGAGGCGAAGGGUCCAUAUAAUACGAUUCCUACCGACUUUCCUUUAUGUAGAAUCUAAUUAUCAUUAGAACGAUUUGCAAACCGCAUGCAUAUUAUUAGCUAUAUGUUGUGUCGAGUACCCUUUGUGAAAAUUUCACUUUUCGCCACUGAUUUACGGAUGCCUCCAAUGUAUCAAUCUCGAAUGAAGAUAAACGUGGAUAAUUCAAAUGGAUGGAAAAAGUAGAUAAUACAUUUAUUUGGGGCUGGUAUAAAUAAUUUCCUCUACGAAGACGCGCCCCACUACUUUCUUAUCGCUUACAAUGUGCGUGAGCAGCGUGAGUAGACACACACACUACGAUAGCCUGAUGCUUAGGUCAGUCCCCUCACCUCGCGAUACCCCUGCUCUAAAGCUACAAUGGAUAGCGUCGGGAAAUAUGCUUGGUACAGUCCCCUUACCCCGCGACAACUCGCUCUAAAGCCGGUGGGACGCGUCUUCAUGAAUGAAACGACCUAUAGUACCUUUUCUUUUUUGAUAAUUAUUAAUGUUGGUGCUCAAAUUAUUUAUUUUCAGUCUGUGCAUUUCUUGUCAUUUAUUCUGUAAGAAUAUUUGUUAGUAUACGGACAGAGCAUAAUAUAACAAUUAUCUUUGUAUUAUUUAUUAUUAUCCUUGCGUGGAAAUAAAUGAACAAAUAAAUGAGAUUUUUUUAUAUAAAAACAAACUAUUGUAUUAAGUUAUAUGUAAUACCCCAUGUCAUUUUGAAUGUUAUCAUAGUUACUAAUUCGUUCGACUUUUAACUAAAAUAAUUAGGUUAAAAUAAAAGGGUUGUUAAUAUACGUAAGUUAACAUUGUGGUUACAUGGAAUGUUUUAUACAUUUGUUAUUGUUUUUAUGAAUAUAAAAUAUGUGUA